UCUUUUAGUAUCGAUGAAAAAACGUUUGGUGGUAAACGAGCUCUGAAAUGGAGUAUACACAAAAGGAAUGCAAAUGAACUGCACUCUGUCUUCGAUUCUCGGAAACUAUCGUAGUCGUAGCGCAUGAGCAGUUUGUUACACAGCAACGAUGCUUCGGUUACGGCGUUAGCGUUUCACCUUUCCGCUAAACAACGUUAACUAUGGGUACCUACAACGUCCAAGGAUCGAGAAAGAACGUUUAUAUGUUUCGGAAGGAUCGCGACGCUCUGAUAGACUUUGCUCUUCGUCAUGAUUCGGUGCGGCAGGCAACAGGAGAUCUGUUUGGCUUGUGGACUACCGAUGAGGAACCGGUAAUACACAUCGUUUGUGGACAACGUUUGUGUACAGAGAGAGGCUCAAAUUUCGACGAUACUGCCCAGGAAGUUCGUCCUCUUUGCCAUAUUGGUAACUGGCGUUAUGAUCCUUCAGAGGUUCACCAAACCGACUCAAAUCAGUUGGAUCAGCCAAGAUGCAAUCAUGAAACAAGAAGAAGAUUCGUGCGCCUCGCAAUCUGUAUCAAGUCACAAACACAAGUCAUAGUGUCGCCCCGUCUUUUCCGCUUUCAGAAACACGGAGAUAAUAAAGGCGAACAGUGUAAUUUGGAACUACUCACAGCUGAAAGGCCAUUCAAGAACAUCGAAGGAAUAAAAGAACUCGCCCUAAACAGUCGGAUAGAUGAAUGCCUCGAUGAAGAAAAUCAAAUGGAGUGGACUUCUUCUGUAGUUUCAAAAAGCUCCCCUUCAACUGCCCGAAAACAACAGCGCCAUACUUCUGUAAGUAAAGCUUUGUCCAGAAAACAGGUUGAUGUGGAGGAGAUCCCCCCCGGCAUAGGUGCAAAGCAAAGUCGUGCACUAUACUCGACGAGCAACCAGAGAUUCCAAAGUGGUUUUGCAAGUAAACGCGAUUUUAAGGUCUUCAUGUUCAGAGAGGACUACCAAAUGAUGGAGAAUCUCGUUCUUCAAUACCCGCAUCUUGAAACUGGAGGAAACCUGUUCGGUUUGUGGACCAGCAAUGGUGAUGCAGUGCUGCAUGUGGUACUGGGCCCAGGUAGAAACUGCACAAGGACCGGUGCCUCGUUCUACCAAGAUAUUCCAUAUCUAAAGCGAAACGGCGAGCUACUAACUCAAGAUUACAUGUUGUGCCACAUUGGAGAAUGGCACUCUCAUCAUCAACUGCGUCUCUUUGAGCCAAGUAGAGGUGACUCGUCGACCGUAAUUAGGAACUAUCCCCGUGGGACAUGUGGUUUCCUUUUGAUCAUUGCUAACAUCCUGUCACCAAGGGAGGUGAAGCUGUCACCCUAUCUUUAUACAGAGAAGUCAACCUAUGGCUAUGAUGAAAUGGGAAAGAUUGUGCCUUUACCUAAGACAAAUGCCUUUAAUAAAAUAAAAAAAAUCAAAGAUAGCAGAGAAUCGGGAAGAGAUAUAAAGGUACCUUCACAGUAUUCGCAAGGUGGAUAUAGCCAUUUUGGAAAAUCGUCGACAUCAGCCAAGUUACCAAGUGUACGCAAACAAACCUCUGGAAUGCGGUACAGAACAUCCACGUGGCCAAGAUAAACAGACGAGUCAAGGAAGCAAGCAGCUCUUCACUGUCUUAUAAAUUGUAUUUAUAGAUGUAAUGUGAAACCUAAAGACUUACCUUAAAUACACUGUAAUAGGCUGCGAUAGGACAAUGUUACCAAAAGGAGUUUGAAAACGUUAUGUAAAGAUGCACUCAAUUGUUGAACUACAACCUAGGCUAUGGGGCUGAAAGGAGAAAUCAUUUGUUCGAUGGUUUCCGGUAUUUAUGAUUUAUGCAUAUUUAGUUUUUGCUACUUUUAACGCGAUUUAAGUUGAAACUUGGAAUGGGCGAAGACAAGAGAGAAAAGCACAAAUAUCUACAAAGCGCGAAAAGUUGUGCCAGUUAACACUCGGCUUUGAUUCACGACACUUCGAUUUAUUAACUAUCUAUAACAACACAUUCAUUGAUUACAAGGUAGUCUGUGUAUAGCCAUUUAGUAAAUCAGCACUUCAUCAUUUAGAAUUCGAAUAAACGCAUCCUAUGUUUAACCUGCUAGAUCUUGUGAUUACUCGAUCGAAACCCAUCUGUCAACCAUCAGUCAACUCGACUCUCACAUAGGAGUCGAUAGGAGAAAUAAUCCCACCCAGCUUUCUUGCUUUUUCCGACCAUGAUUCCAGAAUCAUUACGCAGAAUUUGGACGUAUGAGUGCGUGACCCGGCGUGAGCCAAAUUACAUAUUCAGGGCCGUGACCAUCGCGCAAUCGCAAACUUUCUGAGAAAAGCCGGAAGAUGAUUAUGACCCUUCGAUUGUGAAUGUAGUGAAAUUUAUACCAGUCGAAUUUUCAAACAACAUCUUAUGUGAAAAUGAACAAAAGAAAGCUUGAAUACUGGAGGGAAAUUUAACUGUGCAUUGAGUUUAAAAGCGCUAGUGUCAUCAUAAUUUGCUUGAAACGUGCAAUUCGUUUCUCGGAAAGAAUAUGUUUUGUAACGCAUGAUCAGUUGUUAUCGACACAGUUAGAAGUACACAGUUUUCUGUCAGCAUAGCUAUAUUCAGUUCAACGCUGAAACACGUUCACGGACCUAAGAUGGGAACUCACAAUGCGAAGCAUUUUGAGGUCUAUAUGUUUGAGGAAGAUGUUGACAUGAUGAAACGGUUGGUCCUACUUCAUCCCGCCAAAGAGACAGGUGGGAAUCUGUUUGGUUUGUGGAGUAAUAACCAAGAGCCAGUCUUACAUGUAGUGCUAGGCCCAGCCAUAGGCUGCACUCGAACCGAAGUGUCGUUCUAUCAGAGUAUUCCGUAUCUACAGCGUGUUGGGAAGGUGCUGACGGAGCAGUUUCAGCUGUGUCACAUCGGUGAAUGGCAUUCCCACCAUCAGCUCCAUCUCUCAGAGCCAAGCACGGGUGAUUCGUCGACUGUCAGUCGAAACUUUCCGAGGGGCACGUGUGGGUUUCUUCUGAUCAUCGCCAACAUUAUACCAAAUGAGAAUGUCACACUGUCGCCUUACCUUUACAAGGAAGGACGGAGUACUUAUGAAAGAGGUGUAAUCAAACUGCUCGGCAAAUACCGUAGUCCUUUCAAGGAAAUAGAGGUCAUCCGAAGGAAUAUAGAGACGGACGAAGACAAAAGUACAACUGCCCAUGAAUACAGGCUGAGAUUUCGAAAAGAUCCAGAAGUUGAAAUGAAUACGUCGUCAAGACCUGAUCAGAAAAACCAGGAAGAAAACACAUUUGCUUACAUGUUUAAAGAGGAUUAUCACAUAAUUCAGAAGCAGCUGGGUCUCAAUCAAGGGACUAGAACUGAAGGAAAUCUGCUAGGCUUGUGGACAAAUGACAACUCGCCUGUGGUGCAUGUCGUCCUGGAACCUAACAUCAAGAAAGAGACUCGUCCGGUAUCUCCAAAUCAUCAGCCAAAAGUCACCAUACAAUACAGAGGAUGGGUAGUAGAGGGGUACUCUUUGGAAGACAUCGGAAAGUACAUUCUCUGUCCAAACGAACAGCACGCGCCCUCCCCUGAAGAGUCAACCAGCAUGCGCCGACAGUAUCCAGACGGAGGUGUUUUGAUUUUGGCUUUUUGGCGUUUUGAUGCGAACGGCCGUAACGUUCUUGCUAUCAGCCCGUAUCUUUACAGCAAAGGCUCUGAGUCCUAUCAGCCCCUUGUUACAGAGUGGCUUCCACAUGGAAAAGUUUUCAGGCAGAAAAUCAACGACAACAAUGGCGAACACCAAGAAGGAAGUAACGAUGACAAGAUGGAGGUGGAUGAUCCCGGCCGGGCCAGUCCAAACUUUGAACAACAUAAAUCAGUUUUCCAAUGAACAUGGUAAAAUCUCAGCGAAUUCAACUUUAAAAUUGAAAAUUAUCCUGAAUUUUAGUCACUUUAAGGAAUAUCGACAACAGCUACAGUGCCAUAUCAAUGUGCUGUUGAAUAGCUCUUAUUUGCAUGGUAAUCGUGCAUUUAGUGCAACUUCACCCAUAGUUCAGUGAAAACCGAAUUAGCUGAAUCGGCGACGAGAAGUGGUCUUCCUGCUCCAUUUUAUUAAAUUAUAAAAAGUCCUAAGCAUGGUAAUAACUCCUAGUUUAAUGUGUAUGUUACUCACAACAACAAUGGUGGAAGAGGUACUCAGUGUAGGCCAAAGAAGACUUAGUGGCAAAACCGUCUUGAUGAUCAACAAUUGCAAAGGUUUUUGACACAUGCAUGUGGAUAAUAAGACAAAAUGAUAGAUAAAGAGUUACAAACGUUACAACAGAAAAGAUAUGUGAUUCGUCUCAAUUUAAAUUUGCCGCAUACUGACAUUUCUAAAACUAUAUUGCACAGAAAGAGAUCUAUAUGUCGGACCAGCUCAUCGCAAAAUAUGGAAUAACAUGCUGGUUUAAUUCAAACAUCUCUUUUGCGUUUCUAUAGACUCCCUUAUCAUCACAUAUAUUGCAAGAAUCAUUUUAAAUUAAUGCUUAAACAAUGCAGUAGACGAUGGACGGAAGUAAUAAAGUUGAAAGUUGGAAAGUGAAGUUUUCCAAUGAAUGUAAACUGAGUUAGAAUCAAAGAACAGUGAAACAAGUCAGAAUGAGAAAGAAUUAUAUUAAAUCGUUUGAAAAUUUUCUCCACUAAAAAUGUUAUUCGAUGCAAGGAAUUUAUUCUGUCAGCAAGCCAGCAUUAAUUGGCUUUUCUGAGAAAACGGUGUCAUUUUAUGCAAAUAAGUUUGGACUACAGAAAAUUUUGCGCAUUAAUUUGCCCAUUACUCUGAGCAUUUCCUGAUUGAAGAAAAUAAAAUUUGUCUUUUGGUCCACAACAAAGGGGUCUGUAGGAUAGCAGUAAAUUAAGGUUUUCAUUUACCCUGUUUAAACGGAGAGCUUCCGGCAGGAAUAUGAACCUAGUGAAAGUGUAGUUAUGUUUUUAUGGUUGACCCUGAAGUCAUGCCGGCGUUUCUGUUCAAGAGUCCGCGCAUGCCUCUUGAUUUCCGCUUUCGCUUUAAUUGUGUUCGUGUUCUUAAAGUUGAAUCAAAUCCACAUAUACAACUCAGUGUUCGCCUCUACAGUCACAUCGUGCUGGACGUUCAAUAUGGAUGACAAGAGGAAGGCCCCAACCAGAAGAUUGUUUGACUCAGGUUUCGGCGGUUCGCAGCGGCCUGAUCAAGUUGAAGAAGGUGCAAGUCGACAGCCGUACAACUACACUAAUCGACCUCGAGAAGAGUCGACGCAGGAGCGGCUGCAAUUUGAUGUGGAUACGGGAAAGUUAGUCGUGAGCAGCAACCCUGAAGUAAAGCAGGAGGUCGUUUCUGUUCGCCAUGUCCCACUGUCUGUUCGCGAGCCCGCUCGGCAAGUCCCUGCGUUUGUUCACGAUGUUCGCGAGCCUGUUGCUGAUCGUCCUGUGGUGGACGCCAUGGCUGCUCAAGGAUUCUUCAUGUAUUGACUGAGAUGUGUCUAAUCAAACGACGGCGGAACUGAAGUAACCGAUUCUUAAGACGUCUUGAAAUGCCUAUGAUAUAUUCCUCUGCGCAAUCGCUUGCUGUUUAGAUUAGAAAUAGACAAAAUUUUGGAUUUGCAUUCACUAUGUAUAAAUUGUAAGGAAAUAUUGCUGUCCUUGCAUGUUUAUAGUUUCAGUCUGCUUUUUUCCUUUUUCUGUUCUUCAGUUGUACUGAAUGAUCGCUAUUAAUUCGGACGGGAUGUCGGUAAUUCUCAAAUUUAACGCAGCAGAAAGCAAUGAGAAAUCAGAUCUGUUAUUUUGUGUGGGCUGUUCAAGGAUAUCCAGCUAUAUCUAUUCGACAUUUACACUGUGUUACAUGCAUUUGUAGAAAUAAAAGCAAAUUGUUCACAAUU